UGCUUGAAGUUCAUCGCUCCAAAAUACAUUCCCUGCUGAAGCAGGCGCAGCAGAUAGGCCUGAUGACGGCCUAUCACCACUACUUCAUCACUUCUUUGGACCUGCACACUGUGGACCUGGAAGACUUCAAAUACUCUGGGACCAACACCACAGCUCUGCGUCUCAUUAACCUCAGUGACGGAACUCUGCAGCAAAUUCUGCGCGAUUGGUCUGCUGAUCUCGACGACUCUGGGAAUAUUUUCGGUGGUGAAAUCGUGGCAGGAUAUUCAUUUGCUGAUGUACCGAAUAUUUUUGAAGUUCCUGCCUCUGUAAGUCCGCAGUCAUUCGCCCUGUUGCCGGAAUAUGUUGACUCGAAGUUCCCGACGCGAAGUUCGGGACCGCUGAGUCCCGGACAUGUUGAGGAGGCGCAAGUUACGAACUUCAGUGCGAUGCCGACGGAACUGGCGCUGGUGUACGACGCGGUGCAGCUGUUCGCCAGAGCGCUCAGCGACCUCGACAAGACGCGGGCCAUCGAAGUGCUGCCGCUCAACUGCUCCAAGGAGCAAGUCUGGCCACUUGGAGCCACACUCGUCAACUACAUCAAGUGGGUUGAGCUGUACGGCUUCUCUGGACUGGUGCGUUUCAACGCAUGUUUUAACGUUGAAUGUUAAGGUUGAGCUGUACGGCU